UGCGGCGCCGGCUUGCCCGCGCCGAGGGGGCUGCGCUUCUGCCGGCGCUCGCCGCCACUCGGCCGCGCCGUUGCAUGGCCGCACCAUGGCCACCACGCUGGUCUGCCGGGUGCAGUUCCUGGAUGACACCGACCCCUUCAACAGCACCAACUUCCCCGAGCCCACCCGGCCGCCGCUGUACACCUUCCGGGAGGACAUCCCGCUCGCCACCCAGCUGCCCGCCGUGCACCGCCUCCUCCGCGCCCCGCAGAAGCUUGAUGACUGUACGCUGCAGUUAUCUCACAACGGUACCUAUCUGGAUUUAGAAUCUACCUUAGCAGAACAAAGAGAUGAAUUGGAAGGUUUCCAAGAUGAUGCUGGGAGAGGCAAGAAGCACAGUAUAAUUCUGAGGACCCAGCUCUCAGUGAGAGUCCAUGCCUGCAUUGAAAAACUCUACAAUUCCAAUGGACGGGAGCUGAGACGGGCACUUUUUUCUUUGAAACAAAUAUUUCAAGAUGACAAGGACUUGGUUCAUGAGUUUGUGGUGGCUGAAGGUCUAACAUGCUUGAUCAAGGUGGGAGCAGAGGCAGACCAGAACUAUCAGAACUACAUUUUAAGAGCUUUGGGCCAAAUCAUGCUGUAUGUCGAUGGUAUGAACGGAGUAAUAAAUCAUAAUGAAACUGUCCAGUGGCUGUACACGCUUAUUGGAUCAAAGUUUCGCCUGGUGGUGAAGACGGCCCUGAAGCUGCUGCUGGUGUUUGUGGAGUACACCGAAUCCAAUGCACCCCUUUUAAUCCAGGCAGUGUGUACAGUGGAUGAAAAGAGAGGAGCCAAGCCAUGGUCCAAUAUUAUGGAGAUUCUGGAGGAGAAGGAUGGAAUUGAUACUGAGCUGCUGGUUUAUGCAAUGACCUUGGUUAAUAAGACGCUGUCGGGGUUGCCAGAUCAAGACUCUUUCUACGAUGUGGUGGACUGUCUGGAAGAGCUAGGCAUUGAAGCUAUUUCACAGAGGCACUUGAACAAGAAAGGAACAGACUUGGACUUAGUUGAGCAAUUUAACAUUUAUGAGAUGACACUGAGACAUGAGGAUGGAGAUGAAACUGCUGAUCCUCCACCCAGUGGGCGCAAGGACAGAAGAAGGGCCAGUCUUGGUGCUAGUGAGCGAAGGGGACUGGAGCGCAGACGGAGCCGGAGACACUCGGUGCAGAAUGUCAAAAGCACUUUAUCAGCCCCUGCGAGCCCAUGCAGUCAGUCAAACCCUACCUUCAUGCUAGGCCACGGACAGCGUAUUGAAGACCUCAGUGAGAAUGAGCUGGCAGCUGAGCGCCCCACGGUCUUGCAGGCUGGUGACGAGGAUGACAGUGCAUUUGAGGCUGAGUUUGGGGCGGCUUCGGUAGAGGAGGAAGAGUCUGAGGAAGAAGAAGAAGAACAGCCAGUUACAGAGCCCAAUACUGAGGAUGAGGGGGAGGAAGAGGCCUGUAGGCAGGUCGAAGCCAGUGGGGUCCCAGCCGCCCAUGAGGUUAUGAAUGAGAACCUUUCACAGUGCUCUGAGGCUUCAAACAUCUCAAGUGCAAUUUCUCCAGCUGAGAGGUCUCUCCCCUGCUCUAGAGCAAAGAGCUCUUCCAGCAGCUCCUCUUCUGUGCCUGAUUCAUCUGUCUCCCAUCAUAAUUCUGUUCAUUCAUCACCAUCUUCACCUGCAGCAGUUUUGCUAAACUCUUCCCAAAAUUCUUCAGCAUCCGUUACUCCAAAGGCAUCUCCAACAGUAGAGAAAUUACCUUAUGUACCACAUACUCCUUUUCACCUCUUCUCAUAUGACUUUGAAGAGUCUCCAGCAUCUAUUAAAGAAAAGGAAGCAGAGGUGAUGAGGGAAAACAGGUACAAUAGCUAUGGCAGCAGCUCUUUCUCUUCUCCACGACCUUACUCCGGACUGAGUGCGCCUGCAACACCCACUUCUCGUUAUGGGACAACUCUUUCACCACCUCAGGAGACCAAAUCAGACAGGCCAGCUUUGGGUGGUCUCCUUACAUCAUCUUUUCGGCAGCACCAAGAGUCCUUGGCAGCAGAAAGAGAAAGACGACGUCAGGAGAGAGAAGAAAGAUUGCAAAGGAUAGAACGUGAAGAAAGAAACAAAUUCAACCGUGAUUAUUUAGACAAAAGAGAAGAACUAAGACAAGCAAGAGAAGAGAGAUACAAAUACUUGGAGAGGUUGGCAGCUGAGGAGUAUGAGAAGGAGCUGAAAAGUCGGAGCGUAAGCAGAGGCAGAAGUGAGCUGUCCUUGAACCUGAGAUCUCCCUCAGCCCCAUCCUCCCCUAUACCCAAGAGCAUCAGCCCAGCAUCCACUGAGUCCCAAGAGGAGCUGAAGACCCCUUCAACCCCCUGUGGGACUCCUCAGCCCUCAGAAGUGAGUGCCAGUGAACCUGAGCCCGAAGCAGAAACAGAGACAGAACCAGAACAGGAGGCUGAGGCUGAGGCCGAGCAGGGAGCGGAGACACCCAAGCAAGUAGAGGCUACAGAGGUGGGACCAGAGAGUGAGGUGGAGCAAGGACCAGAGAGAGAGCCAGAAGAAAGUGCAAUACUCAGUGAAAAAGAGAGGCAGAAUGAGGAAGUGAAUGAAAAAGACAACUGCUCUGCAUCCAGCAUAUCCUCAGCAAGCAGCACUUUAGAGAGGGAAGAGAGAGAGGACAAAUUAACCAGUGACAAUGAAACUGGUCCGUGGUCACAGCCCAUUCAGGAUGCUGAUGUGAAUGAGCAGUGCAGCAACAUUCUCAACAACAAGCGGUUUAUGCUGGACAUGUUGUAUGCGCAUAACAAAAAACCCAAGGAUGAAGAGGAGAAGGAGCUGGAGGCGAAGGAGGAAAAGAAGGAGACGGAGGAAAACGAGGAGUCACUCACUAGUCUAGCUAGUAGGAUCUCUAUCCUUCAGGCCACUAAGCAGGCCAAAGAUGAAAGUGUCAAAAAGAUGGAGAUUGGAAACCUGGACAACCAAGGCAGCGUGAAAGCCUUUGCAGAAAAAUUCAACAGUGGUGAGCUGGCCAAGGGGACAGCCUUGUCUGAAGAUGAAAUUGGUGAACAGGUCCCUGAGAAAACACCAGCACAGCCAAAGAAGGAAUCUGACUACAUCUGGGAUCAGCUAAUGGCUAAUCCUAGAGAACUUAAAAUCAAAGACAUGGAUUUUACAGACUUGGGGGAGGAGGAUGAUGUAGAUGUGUUGGACAUGGAUAUGGGUCCUGGGGACUCCCUUGUUCCCCCUCCUCCUCCUCCACCUUCUUUUCUGGGUAUGCCACCUCCACCACCUCCCCCACUAUUUGGAUGUCCGCCUCCACCUCCACCCUCUGCUAAUUUAUUGGCUCCUCCUCCACUGUUCAGUACUCCUCAGGGUUUAGGGUCACCCCAGGUUUCUAGGGGUCAGCCAGCAUUCAUAAAGAAGAAGAAAACCAUCCGUCUGUUUUGGAAUGAGGUACGGCCAUUUGAGUGGCAGUGUAAAAACAACAAACGCUGCAGAGAAUUCCUGUGGUCGAAACUGGAACCCAUUAAAGUGGACACUUCCAAACUGGAGCAUCUCUUUGAGUCUAAGUCCAAGGAACUGCCUGUCACAAAGAAAACUGCUGCAGAUGGGAAACGGCAGGAGAUCAUUGUAUUGGACUCAAAACGAAGCAAUGCUAUUAAUAUUGGCUUGACGGUGUUGCCCCCUCCACGGACUAUCAAGACUGCUAUUUUGAACUUCGACGAAUAUGCCUUAAACAAGGAAGGAAUAGAGAAAAUUCUGACCAUGAUCCCGACUGAGGAGGAGAAACAGAAGAUUCAGGAGGCCCAGAUGGCCAACCCAGAUGUCCCCCUGGGCAGCGCAGAGCAGUUCCUCCUUACCCUCUCCUCUAUCAGUGAGCUCUCAGCCAGGCUCCAGCUCUGGGCUUUCAAAAUGGACUAUGAGAUAGUGGAAAAGGAAGUUGCAGAGCCACUUUUAGACCUGAAGGAAGGAAUGGACCAGCUGGAGCAUAACAAAACAUUGGGAUUUAUCCUUUCUACUCUCCUAGCCAUUGGGAACUUUCUGAAUGGAACCAAUGCCAAAGCUUUUGAGUUGAGCUACCUCGAGAAGGUUCCAGAAGUCAAGGACACGGUGCACAAGCAGUCCCUUCUGCACCACGUCUGCACUAUGGUGGUGGAGAAAUUCCCGGACAGCACCGAUCUUUAUUCCGAGAUUGGGGCCAUCACUAGGUCAGCCAAGGUUGACUUUGAACAACUUCAGGAAAACCUGUGUCAGAUGGAAAGACGGUGCAAGGCAUCAUGGGAUCACCUUAAGGCUAUAGCAAAGCAUGAAAUGAGGCCAACUCUAAAGCAAAAAAUGUCCGAAUUCCUUAAGGACUGUGCAGAAAGAAUUAUAAUCCUGAAGAUUGUUCAUAGAAGAAUAAUUAACAGAUUUCACUCAUUUUUGUUAUUUAUGGGCCAUCCUCCCUAUGCAAUACGUGAAGUCAACAUCAAUAAGUUCUGCAAAAUUAUUAGUGAAUUUGCUCUGGAAUACCGUACCACAAGGGAACGAGUUUUGCAGCAAAAACAAAAGCGAGCUAACCACAGGGAAAGAAACAAGACCAGAGGGAAAAUGAUCACAGAUACCGAUGAAGAGGAGGAUGCUGAGACCGGCAGGUUCUCCAGCAGCUCACCACCGUCCCAGAGCCAGCCCCAGGGGCUGCAGUACGCUGAGGACGCUGCCGAGCAUGAGCACAUGAAGGCAGUGCUGAAGACCUCUUCUGUCAGCGGGGAGAGCACUGCCGCGCUGGGUGUUCGCACACGGAGCAGAGCCAGCCGAGGCCGUAUUGGUUCAUGGAACGCUGGCAACGAUGAUUCACCUAAUGCAACGGAUGACGCAGCGGACGAGAUCAUGGAUCGCAUUGUAAAGUCUGCCACUCAAGUGCCAAGCCAGCGAGCGGUGCCUAGAGAGAGGAAGCGGUCACGAGCAAACAGGAAGUCACUAAGAAGGACGCUAAAGAGCGGACUAACACCAGAAGAAGCCAAAGCACUGGGCCUGAUAAGCACCUCUGAGAUGCAGGUUUGAUGUCCCGGAGGUGGCGAUGAGAAGAGCCGUCAUCUGUACCACGCAGGUUGACAACCAUUCGGUGCGGCAUUGUCCUGCCAGCCUCGUCUGCUGCUCCCAACAUCGCAUCCUCUGUUAAUUCAAUUUUAAUAAGAAACAAAAAGAGAAAACCCACAACCUGUUCAGAAGAAGGGUGCAUCACAGCUCACCACUACAUCUGACAAUAAUGAAGGAAGCGUUUGGGUGCUUGUAGGUGAAAGCUUAUGGCUUCUUCUCUCGUGAUGUGUUGACGUGGGUACAAGGGGGCUCUCUCUGAGUUAUCUCUCAUUGUGUGAGCUGUUUGUUGUGUUGGCUUUCCUUGUGCCCCAUUUUAGUCAUUGUAAAAGUAUGGCAUUUUGUCAAUGCAAGGAACAGUCCUUAAAGAGGCAAAAUAACUCCUGUUACAGCUGCCACAGUCUCUGUGAAGCAGAUUCAUUAAGCAAAAGUGCACAGUCCAUACAAACACUUUUUUAUUUUGCCACCAAAGAAUGUAAAAAUGUAUGUGUACCUUUGUAUAUGUACAGAAUGAAUGUGUGGGUAUUUGUGCACGUAUCUAUAUGCAUAUAGUCAUGGUGUGAAAUCACAUCCUGCUGAUGUUAGUGGGAUGGUGAUUUUCACUCAGGGGCCUUACCAUUACACCUGGACGGGAGGGAAAAAUGUCUUUUCAUAGGAACUCAAUGUUAGUCAAUGGGGUUCACCCUGUGGAGUAGCAGAUGGUCUGCAGUACAAGUGGAAAGUUUAGGAUCCUGAAUUCAUGUGUAUUAACGCACACUCAUGCUGUACAUAGCACCACGUACACCGAGAGCAGACACAGAAUACCUCCCUCUUGUUGAGCUCUGGGUAUACUGUGCAUUUGUGCAGUUUCAAAGAAAUCUAUGCCAAGAAUUUACACACUAGGUAAAUGCAUUCAGAUGCUAAGAUCAAGAAGCUUUGUUCACUUGCCUGUGCCCUUCAUGCUGCUUUUCUCUGCUGCAAGAUAAUGUGGUGGUGAUUUUAUUUCAAUUUUAAUUUUUUAAUUCUUUUUAGAUGAUCUGAAUAUGACAUGGCCCUGCUAAAAGCCUGCUGUGUUUUGCUGCUCUUUACUCUUUUUUGUGAUUAUCCUUGAAGUAAGUGGAGAGAGUAUCACAGUGAACACUCCAAUAUGUUUGCCCCUAUUUCGCUAUUUUAGAACUAACUUUUAUAACUGUCCUCAGCAUGUGUUUAAAGAACUUUACUCAACUCAUUUGCCUUUAAGCGGAGGACACUCACGUCUAUGGAGAUGAACUGAACACAGUCAUCCUAGCCAAUGCUGAAGCAUUUGAAGGGAACUGCAAAUUAACAGUAAUAUAAAAGGGAACUUUCUAAACCAAAGCUUGUAUGUGACCAGUUGAUUCUGCAGAAUGCACAAGAUGAGCUCUUUCCAUUGCCUUAGCCUCUAAGGUUAAGGGUAUGUCUGCAUAGCAGGCAUAGCUGAGGCUUCCUUCCAACUAGUUAGCAGGGGAACUGCAGCAAUCAUGGCAACACAGGGCUCAAUUUUGGCUGCAAAACACACUUGAGAAGUAGGAGUAAUUUGUCUGUGCUGGGCUCCUAAUGCCAUAGCUAUGUUGCUUCUGGCACCCAAGCUAGGUCAAGUAUGUCCACAAGUUAUCCUAAUUACUCUGCUCCCCUUACGGACAGGAUAAUCUUUGAAGAUUGUUCAGGAUAGUGGCACCAAAUGGAAUAAACCUUUGAAACUUUGGUUAUCCAUCACAUUGCAUUGAAUACAGCACCAGAGUGAUCAGAAAACCAGGUAGCUCACAACACUGCAUUGAGAUACGUAGUGAAAAAUUUCAUCUGUGCUAUCUCUCCUCCUCAUUGUAACAUUUCAUUCUUUAUAUACCAUUGCCUUGGAUCUUCAUGUCAAGUCUAUAGGGUAAAAAAUCACUAUAAUGAAUAUAGGCUCUGCAAAGAUGGCAUUGAGUUGAUGCGUUUUUCCCCUCAGUUUGUUAAAAAGACAAUUUUAUAAGCAGAAAGAAGGCAGUGGUUGUGUAAUUAAUGAAAAGUAUCAUGUAUUUGAAAGCUAUGAAAAGAGAAAGCUGAUCAGGCAACUGAUAGAAGUGGCAUAUAAUUAAUCUCACUGUAAAAUAAGCAAGACCUACUAGCACCUGAAUUUUAAAGUGAAUCUUUAUGUGCUGCUCAUCACUAUGGACUUUUUAAAUCUUUCUUCGGGAUGCUUAGAACAAAGAAAUGAAGGUAAUGGGGGUUUGUGGAGGUCUGUGAGGUCUGCAACAAGAGGAAGACACCCUGAAUGUAACAGUUAUGUUGAACUGUUAUACCUGUUAAGUGAUAAAAGAAGCCCAAAUGCAACAAAAUGCAUUUACACUGACAGGGGUCCUAUAUUUGAUUGGAGGGAGAAAUCAAAUGUUUUUAAGUUUGUAUAUUUUCAUUUAAAUAUGCUGAAUGUGAAAAGCAGUUUGCUUUUGGUGACCACUUGCUAACAAGAAACAAAUGUGUUUAAAUUAGACAUAAUACAUCCGCUGUGUCUGCGUGUCAGUGCUUACUGUAUGUAAGUAAUAUAUUUGGUAAAUUAUUAAUAGUUGGGUGUAUUUAUUUAUCAGGAAUUGGGCACUAAUUAUAUAAAAAUUCAUAAAACAUACACCUUAUUUUGUAGAAAAUUAAAUAUGGAGAGGGAAGUUAGAAUAAAUUCAGGGAAAAAAGCAGAUUCCGUUCAGAUUCUCUGGAUGCAAGUGUAUUAUGUCUGAAACAUAUUUUCUGUUGUAUUCCAUUAUAUUUGUUUUUCUGUAUUUUUUCCUAAGUUCCUGCUCUACACCUGUAAAAUUGAUACUGAUUUUCUUUAAAGGUAACUUGAUCUUGUUUAUGCAGUAGUAUACAGUAAGAUUAAUUCCACUGUCCUUAAUGUUUACUGCAGCAAGAUGGUCCAGAACAUUAAGAAUGCAAUAACUAUAGAAAAGAUUUCCAUUUCAGUUCAAAAUAAAAAGGGCCAGUGAUCCAAUAUGCUAAUAUUUAAGGCACAUUAUGUCCUCCUGAGUCUGACAGUAUGUUCUGACUGUGGAAAUAAUUUUGUUCCGUUUUAUCUAACCAGUAGAUUCCAGGUAAAGUGGAGGAGUUGGUUCUAUUUGCAUACGUUUGUUUGUCUAAUCAUGUCAUAAGCUUCAGGGUCUGAGUUGCUGCCUGCCCUUUCUUCAUCAAAAGAUUUCAUCCUAAGUGUGGGACAGUUGUUCUAAAACGUAUGUGAUAAAGCUUGUUUUUGUGACAGAGAUAAAGGUCUUGGAAACAUGAUGUAAUAACAUAUGUUCCCGUUUCUCUCUUAGGAUUGUAUUAAGGCUAUUUUUAAACACAGACAGCCUAAUAACUACCUCGCUUAUCUUUUUCACAGUACCAGUCAGCUGCAAAUUUAGUCCCCGGAGUUUCUCCAGCAAGGUCUCCAAGUCACUGGUGGUUUUUCUUUUGGCACUCACCUGCUGCCAAUAACUUGCCUGUUUACCUACCACCAAAAAAACCUUCCUGACUUAGAUGUCGAGGUAAACUUUAGCAUAUGAAAUGGCUGCCAAACAGAAGCUAUCUAAAUUUCCUUUCCUCUCUCUCGGCCUUUAAAGGAGGCUGCACACAAAUACUUUGUGUUCCCUCAUUCUCAGCUGAGGGAUAACUUCAGUAGCAGUUAUGGGGCUGUAGCAAAGAAAUACCCCCAAGGAAUGCGACAGUCUAGAAUGAAAGAUCCCCUCACAAAAAUUAAAUUCAUCACUCUUCACCUUUUAGUAAGUCCAGGCACCAGACUCAUGGAUUCCAGAUAUUUUAUAGUCCAUUAGGUGCUACAUAUGAACUUCUGUUUGAUAUACGCCUAUCUGUAACCUCAAAUCAGCAAAAAGGAUGUUUUAAUGAGGGUCUUUCUUGCUCUGAUAAACAUUUGAAACAUCAUCCGAAGUAGUUCUCAAAAUACCUGUCUUUUUGUCUUUAACCCCCCUUAAUUGUAGAUCUGUACUAAUUGUCAGCAAAAAAAGGCCAUCAGGUAUGUAGGUGGACAAGACUUUGGUUUUCCCUUUAUAAAAAGGCACAUGUGAAUAUCUGGUAAGAGCUUAUGCCCCAGUUUAACAAAUUCAGAGUCAGAGUCUUGAUCUAACUGGACAGGCGCUGUGCUGUGAACGUACCUGGGAGAAUGCUAAAAGCCACCUACAAGUCACAAGUCAGGAAUGCAGGUGGAAAUGGCACGCUGCCAGUGUCCUUUCAGGAAGUCACUCCUUCGUCAGGUGCCCCCUUUACACUGAUAGCCCCUGUCAUGCAACAAAAACGAGUGUCUUUAUCCAAAAUUCUUUAGAAACAGUUUGACUCGUGAUGGUUGUCUGCAUUUGGAUGCGCAUACGCUUCGUGCUUUAUUGUUUUUGCAAUGCUUGAAUUUUAAUGGGAUGACUGGGGAAGAGAUGGUAGCUUACUGGUUUCAGAUCCCUCAUCCUCCUAUUCCAACUUGUGUGCAGCUCUACGCUUCACCUACCUUUAACUAAAGGAUGUGCAAGCUUAGAGUCACACAGAGCCAUAAGCACCAUUCCUGUCUCUCCUUUUCACUCAUAUGCAUACGUUAUCUUCAAGAUGAGUUGUGUAUGCAUAUGUAGGCAUAGCGCUUGACCCUGUGCAGUGUUCAGAUAGCUCUGGUUUUCCACAUCUGGAUACCAGAAACAGCAUCUAAGGACUAUGUCUGCUGAUGUUUCUCUGCAGCAAAAACUGCCAGAUUCUUAAGAGGCUCUAAAAAUAAAUAAAUAAAUAAAAAUAAAGGAGCAUUUUCAUAUGAGAACAUGUUUGAUUAUUGAACACGAUUAAAAAUAAUUUGCAAAUACUUGAACACCACAUAAGGCCUAUCUUUUCUUUUGAUUGGGGCAGGAACUGGCUGAAUUGGCAUUUCAGAUGCAAUACCAAGAGGCUUUUGGUAAGCAGUUUAAUAGUUACAUAGCAAGUAAUUCAAGGAGUUUUGGAGAUGUUUUAUAGUUUUAUGUUUACGCAAAAAGAAUUAAUUAUUUCUAAUUAGUCCAUUUCACAUUGAGUGGCAGAUGGAGAUAUAUUUUGUUUAAUCACUAUCUAACACAGAGGCUUCUUUGAAAGAAAAAGCUUAUUUGUAGCAUUGGGUGCAUUUCUCCUUUUUAAAGACUGUCUUUGUGCAAAUAGUGUCCUUUUUUGUGAGCUGGGAAUUGUAAAAAAAUGUAAAGUAGAAAAGGACGUGUUUCUUAGACGAAGGAGAAAUACUGUAAAAUUGUGUAAAUGUCACUACUCAUGUUUUUUUGUGUUGUGUGUAGCAUAGUGUAAAAUAGGCUUUCCAGCAGUGUUAUUCUGUGAAUUAUAAUUUAAAAAACAAGCCAUGCAUGGUCAGAGAUAUUACCUACAGGUCCUUUUGUUUGGUUGAGUUUUUAUUUUUGUUGUUCUCUCAUUUUAGGUAAAUUUGUUUUAUGUUAAAUUUAAUUGUCCAUGAAACCGCAUUUUUGUUUCUCAGUUUUAUUUCAUGAAGAACUUGAAUUACUGUUUAAGGUUUUACUACACAGAAAGCUCACCUACAAUUUUGUAUCCAUCUUUCAGAAGCUUGGUCACAUUAAGUGUAAACCAGGGGGAUUUGCUUUUUAACGCUCCCCUCCUCUGCCUCUCCUCCCCCCACUCUCCUCAUUUCGCUCUCUGGAAAGAUGCAGUCAAUUUUUUUUUCUUCUUUUUUUCUGUGCCAUGCAGGGUCAACAUGGGAAACUGGCCGCAGACCUUUGUCCAAAAUUUCUUGAUAUAAGUAGUUAAAAGCUCACCUCUACAGCAUUAUGUAAACACAUCUUGCAAUAAAGCUUUAUAAAGCGC